ACAAAUUUGGAAAAGUUUGAUCAAUACCAAUCGGCCGCAUCAUAAAAUAUUAAUCGUACAACAUCAUGGUUAAAUUAACGGCACCGCUAGUUGAAAAAAAGUGUCUACAAAAGUUGGCCCAAAAAUCAUUAACGAAAGAAUUAGACAAGGAUUGCUUGAAAAAAUUAACACAUCUUUUCAUGAACGAACAAUCAAUCGAUGAACUUGGAGACUUUAGCGAAUGUAAAAAUUUAAAAAUAAUCUACCUGCAGAAAAAUUCAAUCGAAAAAAUUGAAAAUUUAGAAUUUGCUACGAAUUUAACGCAUCUCUAUUUGCAACACAACGAACUAAAUAAAAUCGAAAAUCUAGAGAGUCUGGUGAAUUUGAAAAAACUUUACUUAGGCUAUAAUAAUAUCAGCGUCGUGGAAGGACUAGAGAAGUUGACGAAUUUAUCAGAAUUACACAUAGAAAAGCAACGUUUAGCGUCUGGGGAACGAUUAUGCUUUGAGCUCAGAACAGCGAGAAGUUUAUCCGGUUGCUUGACUCAUUUGAACGUAUCGAAUAACAAGCUCACGUCUUUGAACGAGAUAAAAAAUUUUACCAGACUAAUUACGCUCGAAGCCAAGGAAAAUUGCAUCAGCGAUAUUGAAAAUUUAACCGAGACCGUGAGCACAUUAAUAAGUUUGAAAAAUUUGUUUGUCCAAGGUAAUCCAGUGACAAAAGUUCACAACUACUAUGAAAAUUUGAUUGCAAACAGCGAUUCUCUCGUGAUGAUUGAUAUGAAAUACGUAACUGAAAGUUCGAGAGUAUUUUUGCAAAAUUUUAAAAUAGAAAAGUUGCACCAUUCCGAAAGAAAAAUCGAGUCAAAGUUAAGCGAGGAAGUAACGAGUUCAUUAAAUUUGCCUCCCGCUAUGAAAGAUAUAGUGUCACGGGCCAUGAUGAACAAACUUAAUGCUCACAUGUUAUUUCCAGUUUUGGAUCUAGGCGAUGAUAUGGACGACAAUAAGGUUGAAGUAUUUCCGUCGUGGAAGUCAGCAUCUUCGGUACAAGGAGUGAAAAAUAAUCAUAUUAUACCACGCCCGUUUUGGAAAAAUAAGGAAAAUCCACGAAAGAAGAAAGUAGUACGAAUUGAAAACCCUAAUUUUUCAUUUCCACCACCACCCUUCUAA